AUGGGGUUAAGCUAUCUCCUCCCCCUUUGUCUCCUGCUGUGCGGAGGCCUCGAGCUGUGCUAUCCCCAGACUCUGUUGCCGGGUGGAACUCCCACCCCAGUGGGGUCCUCAUCGCCCGUGAAGGUGGAGUGUCUGGAAGCUGAGCUAGUGGUGACUGUCAGUAGAGACCUUUUUGGCACCGGGAAGCUAGUGCAGCCCGGGGACCUCACCCUUGGCUCAGCAGGCUGUCAGCCCCUGGUAUCCAUGGAUACCGACUCGGUCAGGUUCAAGGCCCAGUUGCACGAGUGCAGCAGCGGGGUGCAGGUGACGGAAGAUGCUCUGGUGUACAGCACUUUCCUGCUCCACGACCCUCGCCCUGUGGAUGGCCUGUCCAUCCUAAGGACUAACCGUGUGGAGGUACCCAUUGAGUGCCGAUACCCCAGGCAGGGCAACGUGAGCAGCAGGCCUAUCCAGCCCACCUGGGUUCCCUUCAGAGCCACGGUGUCCUCAGAGGAGAAACUGGCUUUCUCUCUUCGCCUGAUGGAGGAGAACUGGGAUACUGAGAAAUCAUCGCCCACCUUCCACCUGGGAGAGGUCGCCCACCUCCAGGCAGAUGUCCAGACGGGCAGCCACCCGCCGCUGCAGCUGUUUGUGGACCACUGCGUGGCCACGCCUUCACCUGCACCAGACCAGAACUCCUCCCCCUAUCACGUCAUCGUGGACGCCCACGGUUGUCUUGUGGAUGGUCUAUCUGAGAGCUUUUCAACAUUUCAAGUGCCUAGGCCCCGGCCAGAGACACUCCAGUUCACGGUGGACGUCUUCCAUUUCGCAAACAGCUCCAGAAAUACGGUCUAUAUCACCUGCCAUCUCAAAGUCGCGCCCGCUAACCAGAUCCCGGACAAGCUCAACAAAGCCUGUUCAUUCAACAAGACUUCGCAGAGUUGGUCGCCAGUAGAGGGCGAUGCUGACAUCUGUGAUUGCUGCAGCCAUGGCAACUGUAGUAAUUCAAGCUUCUCAUGGGUCAAGAUUCAUGGACCUCCCCAGUGGUCCAAGCUAGCUUCUCGAAACCGCAGGCACGUGACCGAUGAAGCUGAUGUCACUGUAGGGCCCCUGGUAUUCCUUGGAAAGGCAAAUGACCAGGCUGUGGAGGGCUGGACGUCUUCUGCUCAAACCUCUGUGGCUCUUGGGUUAGGUCUGGCCACAGUGGCAUUGCUGACCCUGGCUGCUGUUGUCCUUGGUGUCACCAAGAAGUAUCACACCUCUUCCCGCCUUGUAUCCCUUCCGUAA